AUGGGUAAACAAGGACAUAACUUUAAAGAAUUUUUUCAUUUAGCUGAACCUAAUAAUUCCAAAACUGCUUUGUUUUUAACAAAACGAAAUUAUGUUGAAGUCAUCUUAGAGAUUGUCCAAACUUUAAAGCAGAAAACUAAUUCACCAAAAAGGCAAACAUCAGUUAAUAAAUAUGUUACAUGUUUAUUAUCUGAGAAGGAUAAACCAUAUUUUGAAAACUUGUUACCAAAUCAACAGGCAAUAAGUAAUCAGAUUCUUCCAAUGUAUUUGAAAAAGUUGGCUAAAGAUAUUUUACAAUAUGCAAGUGAAGAUAAAAUUGAAGUAAUAGCAGCAUUCAAUAGCUGA